CAUUAUAUUUCUGCUGUUUUGAGGCUUUAAAAUGCCUGAGCCAGCGAAGUCCGCUCCCGCCCCGAAGAAGGGCUCCAAGAAGGCGGUCACUAAGGCGCAGAAGAAGGAUGGCAAGAAGCGCAAGCGCAGCCGCAAGGAGAGCUACUCGGUCUACGUCUACAAGGUGCUGAAGCAAGUACACCCCGACACCGGCAUCUCGUCCAAGGCCAUGGGCAUCAUGAACUCGUUUGUCAACGACAUCUUCGAGCGCAUCGCGGGUGAGGCGUCGCGCCUGGCGCACUACAACAAGCGCUCCACCAUCACGUCGCGGGAGAUCCAGACAGCCGUGCGCCUGCUGCUGCCCGGGGAGCUGGCCAAGCACGCCGUGUCCGAGGGCACCAAGGCCGUCACCAAGUACACCAGCUCCAAGUGAACUUGCCAAGAGGAACAACCAGCCACUAGACAUCUCUCCACCCUGCUGGACACUGUUUCAUCUCACAAAACAAUGAAAAUGAGUGACACUGGGAAAAGAAAAAUGAAGGGACCUUUAACAGUCAAGGAAGGAUGGAUAAGCUCCUGGCUGCCGCACUAGGUUUUUGUUUUUGUUUUUCCCCUGAGUAUAAGAGUGUUAAAUAUUCAUGUAGAAAUUUGUGAAAAGAGAAACAUUAAAAAAAAAAAAAACUAGUAUCUCCUAUUCAUUAUAUAUAAUGUGAGAUAGCAAUCUAUAGGAAUAUGAAUAUGUACACACAA